AUGGAACUGGAAUUGUUGGGGAAUAGCUUAGAGCAGGCGAGGAGGAAGAGAAAAUGGGUUGCUGUUUUCGGAGCAUUAGGAUUCACAAUUUACGGUGCCUACAGAUUUUACAACUCUCCUUCAAUUGUCCAGCAGAGGCAAAAACUGACCAAACUAUUUAAUGCAUUCAUUUCUUUAGCCGAAAUGAUGUCCGACUCUGCCGAUGCAAUCGGCAUUCUUUCGAAAGAUCUCAAGCAAUUUCUGGGUUCCGAAUCCGACCAAAUUCCUCAAAGUCUAAAGCAAGUUUCUAAACUCACCAAAUCGGACGAGUUUUCCGAGUCGUUGACUCAAAUCUCGCGCGCGGCAACUCUCGGCAUUUUGCAAGGUUUCCAUCACGACUCGUUAUCGAGCAGUGAUGGAACUUUCUCGAAUAAAUUUGUCGAUAAACUGUUCUCUGAGUCGGGGACUGGUUUCGCCUCGGCCGUCCUCGGGAGCUUCGCACGCAACUUGGUGUUGGCCUUAUAUUCGGAAUGGGAAAACAAAAACAAAAACGGAAACUCUAAUAAUCCAAGAUGGGUCGAGAUUGCCUGCGAUGACAAGUGUCGACAGCUGAUUGGCGACUGCGUACGCUCGAUCGUGAGCACGGCCGUGACCGUUUAUCUCGACAAGACAUCACAUAUCAACACGUAUGACGAGAUAUUCUCCGGCCUCACGAACCCAAAACACGAGGCUAGGGUUAAGGACAUUUUGGUCACGCUAUGUAAUAAUGCGGUCGAGACUUUUAUCCGGACUUCCAAGAACGCGUCCAACGCCAACAGUCCGAGAUACAACAACACUUCAGCUUAUUCGAGAUUUGAUUUUGAGGACGGAUUUAGUGGUGACGAGAGAUUCAAACUGAUCUCGACCACAUUGCACGCGAGGAGAUUGAGGGAAAGGAGUGCGGAGGGAGGGUGGAGUAGGAAGAUGUGUUCGGCAAUGGCUUUGCCGGUUAAUCGGAAGUUUGUGCUUGAUGUGACGGGACUUGUGACUUUCGAGGCUGUAAGGUCUUUUCUCGAGUUUUUGCUUUCUAGGCUGGCCGAGUGCAUGAGGAAGAGUGUUGGUGUGGUUCACGAGGAGGUGUUUGAUAAGGGGUUCGAGGUGGUUAGGUAUGUUGGGAGCAGAUCUUCUGCGGUUACGGCUAUUUGUCUUACGCUGUGUCUCAAUAUAUUGAAUAGCCCUUGGAUUUUGGCACACCAGUAG